AUCAAAGCAAUUGGCACUCAAAUGGUGUUAAAAUAAUAACGUUAUCUAUUGAUUGCCCUUUUGGUCAAUGAUUUGAAAAUAUUUUGAAAUCAAAAGUCAUGGACUCGGAAGCGAUGCGAAAGGAUUUGCUUGAAUGCUAUCAAAGAAGUUCAAUCCGUGGCCUCAAACAGGCGACCAAAUGGGCGGCAGAGUUGUUGUUGUCUCUGACGAAGACUAUUGAAUCCAAUGGAUUGGGUGAUGACUUGAGCGCCGAUAUGAGUGAUAUUCAUAAUAGCCAUUCAAGUAUUGAAGUGAUUCAUGUCAUGACUGAUCCCAUGUAUAUAAUGGCAAAAAGUUGUUAUGAUUUGAAUGAGUUCGAGAGGACCACAUUCUUGACAAAGAACUCGAGUGUCAGUGAAAUAAGAUUUCUGUACUUCUAUUCGAGGUAUUUGUCGGCAGAAAAGAAAAGAUUAGACCGAAUGUCGGAAACCAAUUGUAUGGCCACUGAUUCGGCCGUCAAAUUGUUCACAGACUUAAAGGAUGAAUUACAAGAUCUUUACUUUACUAACAAUGACUUUAACUUAGAUUCAUAUCUUCUGUACGUUUAUGCCAUUGUUUUGCUUAAACUUGAACUCACGUGGGAAGCAAAAGAGGUAUUAGCUAAGAGUGUAGGUUUGGAUCCAUUAAAUUGGUGUUCAUGGCAUCAAUUGUCAUUCAUAAUCGAUGAUAAAUCUCAACUGGAAGUGCUUCAGUUGCCUAAUCAUUGGUUUAAGAAAUUCUUUUUGGGAGAUAUUUAUCUUGAGCUCCAACUCAAUGAAGAGGCACUUACUCUCUACACUUCAUUACAGCAAAGUUUCAAUUCUUGUAAUUAUUUAUUAAGUCAAAUAGCGAUAACAAAGCACAACUUGCGUGAUGUCGACGGAGCCAUUGAAUUGUUUAAACAAAUCAGACAAUCAGAUCCGACACGACUCGACACUAUGGAUAUCUACAGUAAUUUGCUUUAUGUUAAAGAAAUGCGAACUGAAUUGAGUUCAUUGGCGCACUCGGCCAACGAUAUCGACCCGUUUCGAGUGGAAACGUGUUGUAUAAUCGCUAAUUUUUAUAGCCUUCGUGGACAACAUCCUAAAGCCGUUGUUUAUUUCCAAAGAGCUCUUCAACUAAAUCCUCGUCAUUUGUCUGCCUGGACUCUGAUGGGUCACGAAUAUAUGGAAAUGAAGAAUACUGGAGCUGCCAUUCAAGCAUACCGUUCGGCAAUCAAGUGUAACAAACGUGACUAUAGAGCGUGGUAUGGGUUGGGACAGACAUAUGAUAUCAUGAAAAUGCAUGCCUACAGUCUCUACUAUUACUCUGUGGCGCAUUGCUUGAGACCAAAUGACUCACGAAUGAUGAUCGCAACGGGAGAGACAUUAGAAAAGUUGGAGCGAAACAAUGAUGCCAUCAAAUGCUAUUGGAAAGCGGGUGGUAUCGGACUCUUCCGAUUGGCAUCUCUUUAUGAACGACUCAAAGAGGACGACAGGGCAGCCGUUGCUUAUACUGACUUUAUAUCCCGAGUGUCCAAUUUGGACAUUAAUGACAAACAAAAUAUAAUUCAUAGCUCAGAUAUGGCUCAUAGUUACCGAUUUCUGUCCAAUUAUCAUCUGAAUAAUGGCGAUCUUAAAUUGGCUCAAUUGGCUGCACACAAGUGCUCACAAUUUGCCGAAACUCGAGAUGAAGGAAAAUCAUUGCUUAAGGAGAUCCAGAAAAAGUGCUCUCAAAUAGAAUGACAUUAUAAUUGUCACCUAAAUUUGAUUUAUGACUUAAUCACUACAUUAUAUAUAAUAUUUUAUUG